AAAAACAAACCACGUCUAUUCGUCCACUUUCUAUUUCUUCGUCAUGUCGUCUUCGUAUGACCAUACAAACAUCAGUAGCACUUCCUUCACAGAGAGGUUUUGGAAACAUGCAGUAGAGGACCAACCAACUUGGAUCGUUUAUGGUGUGUAUCCAUUUCUGGCACAGUGGUUGACUUAUUGGAUUUUUAAUGCUCCAUUCAUUGCAUACCAAUUUUUAAAGGUCAGAGAAAACACUUGCAGUACCUUAUCGAAAAGAUACAUUUCUUGGAUGGAUAAAUUCCUGAUCAAUCCGUCACAUUCUCCUCUUGAUCCAACAUUCUACUGGAAGAUUUUAAUAUUCUGUUCAAAAAUUCAUUUCUUCAUGUCACUUCCAAUGACUAUUCUCAAUUCAUCAGUCAUGGCCACAAUCCACGAAAGUUCGUAUGAGAGCUUGAUGGCAGAUUUUGGAUGGUAUUGGAUUCCAAAGAUUAUUAUUUAUUGGAGUAUUUUCAUGGCCAUGGAUGAAGUUUUAUUCUUUGGUUCUCAUUACCUUCUUCACAAGGUACCAUUCCUCUACAAACAUGUUCACUCUCUUCAUCAUGAAUUGAGAUAUACAGUCAGCGUUGGAUGUGUGUAUGCUCAUCCAGUUGAAUACUUGUUUGGUAAUGUAAUUCCUGUUCUAUCUGGACCAAGCUUAUUGAGAGUACACUUGUUUUGGUAUUGUUUGUGGAUUGUUUUCAAGAUGAUGGAGACAUCUUAUGUGCAUUCAGGUUUCGAUUUCAAAUUGAAUCCUUUCAAGUGGUUGACUAAUGAACAUGCCUAUCACCAUUCUCACUAUCAAGAUAAUUACGGAACUUGGUAUGGUGUGAUGGACAGAAUAUUUAGAACAAGCAUUCAUUUUGAGGAACAUUCUGAAAAGAAGAAACAAGCAAAGAAAGACCAAUAAGUUAAGGGACUUUUAAUAAUAUGUAAUUAAUUAAAUGAUUAAUUUAUUAACCG